AUGGAUGAUUUAGUAGAGGGAAUGGUGGAAGCAGUAAAAGGUAAAGAGGAUGAAGAUUUAGAUGAUUCAGAAGUAAAAGAUAAUAAUAAAGAAAAUAAUCCUAUUCAAGCACAAUUACGUUCGCAAAUCAGUUCCUUAGAACAAAAACCUAAUAAAACUCCCCAGCAACAAGCAGAUUUAGCCGCUAAAAAGAAACAAUUAGCCGAAUUAUUAAAAAAGCAGAAUUCUAAUGCUACCAAUAAUGCUAAGCCUAGUGAUAAAUCUACUUUUGCUGUUGGCUAUGGAAUAAUUGGAUUAGUUUUAAUUGGUCAAGGUAAAACUCUUGAACAGUUAAAAGAAGAGAAUGAGACAAAAAGCGAUGAGGAUUUUCAAAAAACUUUUGAGGAAUAUUGA